AUGGCUCAAAUGGAUGAAAAAUUUACAUUUUAUUCAUCAUUCGAUCAAAGUCCUUUGGUUGGUCGGAUAUGGCCGAUGAAAACAGGUCCACCUCAAGCUGUACUACUGAUUGUACAUGGUUCCAGUGAACAUUGUCAACGAUAUGGACAUAUGGCUGAUUUCUACACUAAUCAUCAAAUCACAUGUAUUAGCUAUGAUAUGCGUGGUCACGGCUCGUCCCCAGGAGAACGUGGCUACACAUCCCAUUUGAAUGCACUACACGACGAUCUUGAAUCUAUCAUUACUUAUAUACGUCAGGAGCUUUAUUUAUAUCUACCAAUCAUCAUCUACGCACAUGGUACAGGAUCUGUGCUUUGCGCUGCUCAUUGUGUUCGUCGAUCACCUCAAUGGCUUGAUUGUCAAGCUAUGAUUCUAAGCACACCUUCUAUAUGUCUGAAACAACAUUUUUCAAAAGGUGUACUCUUUGUAGCACGCGCCUUUGCAAAUUUAAGUCCUCAUUUCCGACUACCGAUCUACGGUAAUUACACAGUAGAAUACUGCAAUGAUCCAGAAGUUGUAAAAGCCUAUAGAAAUGAUCCACUUGUUCAUGAUCGAUGGCCUGCUAGUACGUGUGCGAUGUGUCUUGAAGUAGGAAAUCUUUUAAGAAACACCAAUAUUAAUAUGCCUUGUCCAGUACUCAUGCAACAUGGUGAAGCUGAUAUUAUCACACCAAUUCAGUAUGUCCAAAAAUGGGUUUCUCAGCAAUUGAUCGGAGAUGUUACUUUUAAAAGUUGGCCAGGACAUAUUCAUGAACUACAUAAUGACAUUGGCAAAGAAGAAAUAUUUCGUUUCUUGUUAGAAUAG